AUGUCGAAGGGCGUGAAACCAUAUUUAGUUCCUUUAAAACCAGAUCGUAUACUUUUGAACCCAAAAUUCGAAGGAUAUAAGCUAAAACUUUUUGAAGAUCGAACUCAACUAUGUCGUUUUCUUUUACCUUCACCUGGAAUUUCGACGUCAAAGGUUUCAACAAAGUCGAAAUUAUCGUACAAGGAAAUUCAGAAUCGCAUUCAUUUUAACCAUCUAUUCUCCGGUUACGAAACAAAUGAUGGUAAAAAAGUUUGUUUUUAUUUCGACAGGGAACUUUCUAUUUCCAUGAUAGAAUACGAUCCGAUAACGAGUUCAAUAGCAACACAUUCCCUUCUAAAGAUUCCGAAAUCAUUGGAUGAUGAUACAACAGCCGAGCAUCCUUCAUUAAAGGCUCUUUCGUCAACAUUAUUGCUCGCAACAAAUGGCCUGGGUACAAUGCUUCUCGUCAGAAUUGCGAAGAGCGAGUCUAAUGAAUACCAAGGAGAAGUCGUUUAUUGCACGGAAUUUAAAAUUCAGCCUAGUGUUAAACGUACACCUUGCGUCAUUAUUGAUGCCAAAGUUGUAGGAGAGGCUAUUCUGUUUUUAGUUUACAAUACAACCAAGGCUCAAGAGGUUUCAACCACGCAAAAAUCAUCAAGGGAUGGAUUCAAGAAAACUACGUUUGAUGUCACUUUAAUGCAAAUGUCCGUGAUGCCCCCACAUGACCUGCAAGUGAUUCACGUUGUUCGUGGAGAAGAAAUUCCUCUCUAUUGUAGCAUUGAAUCAAGUGGUGAUGGCUAUGUGAUCGGUGGUAGAGUUGAUUACGAGGUGGUUUGCGAAGCUUCUACGAAGGAAGGGGUUGAUCAAAUGGACAUUGACCAAUCAACAGACACAUUACGUUAUGUUUCCAACUUCCACCGGGCACUCCUAAGACAGAUCUCGAACAAAGAACAACCUUUGCCACGAUACGCUUUCACACAGUUGUUUGAUUUAAUUGACCCAGACGCAUCUCUCUGGACGAUUGAACCAAACAUAGGUUUAUUGACAUUACACAUUGAAAAGGGUCAUCAAGGCACUCGCUGGUCACAUGUUUUUCAGAAUGAUGAUGGAGUUCACGAAACUCUUGAUCCUAAUGAAUUUGCUGAAUUUCGUGAACGCCUGGAAAAAUAUACCGGAGAUCUAUUAGAUGAUGAUAACGAUUCGAGUGAUUUUCCUGGCAGAAAAAGUUUGCUUCAGCAUCCCAUCGGUUACGAGAUGGAAGAAUCCAUUGAUUACGAGGGGUCUGAAUUCACCCUUGUUCGGAUGAGUAUUGAGGGAAAAAUCACUGCAAAAACUUCAGGAGGGCACGAGUUUCUCUGUAGACAAUUUGAAAGUUGUGAUAUAAACAAUUCAACACCAUUCAUGCCAUCCGUAUGUCUGAAGUACGAUGUGGACGGUCUUGUUUACUCCGUUGGCCAUCCGAAUGAUUAUAAAACCCAUGAUGUGUCACCUUUUACGAUGACACAUGUUGCGACGUUCAAUGCUUUUGCUUUCGUUCAAGCGUCGAAGCGUGAAAAGCGUUACAUGUUCCACGAUCCAUUAAACCGUUUCGUGAUGAUUUUUGAUGAGAGUCACCACGCUUUUGUAUACUGGCAUCAUGCUAACCGUGAAAAAAAUGAUGAACAAUUCGUUAUAGAUUUUGCUGACAAUAAAAAUAAUGAUAUCGAUAUAGUUGGCGUUCAAAUGGUGGAUUCCAAUGGUGCCGUCAUAUUAGUUCUCAUUCCUGACUCUGUGAUCAUGAUGAAAUUACUGUAA